GUGUGCGCGCGAGAGAAAACGAGAGACAUACGGUGCUAGAAAAGGCACGAAAAAGAAAUCUUUCGAUAUAUUGAUCUAUCGAUUUUACUAAACUAUUUCUUGAUUAUUAUUAUUAUUACCAUUACUGUCAUCGUCGUGUUGUCGUCGUCAUCGUCAUCGAUGGUGGUUGACAGUUCGUCGUUUAGCUUAUAGUUUCUUGUGCAUCAUCUAAAAUAUUAAGAGAAUAAUAACGGGAAAAGAUAAAAGUUAAAAUAAAACAAAACAAAACAGAAGAAAGAAAAAUGCCGGGCCUAAUCGCGGUGAGCGAGUUCGUCGAGGAAACGAGGGAGGACUAUAACUCGCCCACUACGUCGACCUUCGUUUCACGAAUGCCACAAUGCAGGCAGACCAUCACAUCCCUCGAAGAAACUCUGGACUUCGACAGAGAUGGUCUCACCAAAUUAAAGAAAGCUAUCAAGGCAAUUCAUAAUUCAGGGAAUGCCCACGUCGAUAAUGAAGUUUAUCUUGGAAGAGCCCUUGAAAGACUCGGUGAUGCUGCCCUUAAAGAACAAGAGCCGGAUAUAGGAGCAGCAUUCCUUAAAUUUGCAGUAGUCACCAAGGAAUUGAGUGCCCUUAUGAAGACUCUGAUGCAAAACAUCAAUAACAUCGUAAUGUUCCCGUUGGAUUCUGUACUGAAAGGAGAUUUAAGAGGUGUAAAGGGUGAUUUGAAAAGACCAUUCGAAAAGGCGUGGAAGGAUUACGAGGCAAAGUAUGCUAAAAUCGAGAAAGAAAAAAAGCAACAUGCCAAGGAGGCUGGCCUUAUUCGUACUGAGGUUACACCAGCCGAGAUUGCUGAUGAAAUGGAAAAGGAAAGGCGAUUAUUUCAAUUGCAAAUGUGCGAGUAUCUUAUAAAGGUGAAUGAAAUUAAAACGAAGAAAGGUAUCGAAUUGUUGCAGCAUCUAGUCGAAUAUUAUCAUGCUCAAACAAACUAUUUUCAAGAUGGCUUAAAGACUAUAGAACAUUUUGGUUCUUACGUGGCCGAUCUGAGCGUUAAGCUGCAAAAAAUUCGACAGACUCAAGACGAAGAAAGAAGACGUUUGACAGAAUUAAGAAGUUUGCUUAGGAGUUCGGGUUGUGAUAAAGAGCUAAACGUAAAUGCAAGUGUUGGAUAUUCCUUGCAUCAGCUUCAAGGUGAUAAGCAACACGGAGUAACGCGUUCUGGACAUUUGUUGAAAAAAAGCGAAGGAAAGAUGAGGAGGGUUUGGCAAAAAAGAAGAUGUGCUGUACAAGCCGAGGGUUAUUUGGAUAUUUGUCAUGCUGACGAGAAUAAACCACCUACGAGAGUGAAUUUACUUACGUGCCAAAUAAAGCUCGUACCGGAUGAUAAAAGAGGCUUCGAUCUUAUAAGUUAUAAUCGUACGUAUCACUUUCAAGCAGAAGACGAAGCAGAUCAGCGCGCAUGGAUGUCAGUAUUGGUAAAUUGUAAGGAAAGAGCUUUGUUAAGAGCUUUCGAUGCUAGUGGGAAAGCUGAAGCUGGACAAGGGAAUCCUAAUUUAGUUGAAUUACAGCAAGCAGUGAUUAGAUGUGUUAUGCGAUUACCUGGAAACGAACAAUGUUGUGAUUGUUCCUCUCAAAAUGAUGCGACCUGGUUAUCUACAAAUUUUGGAAUAAUCGUAUGUAUAGAAUGUAGUGGGAUUCAUCGAGAUUUAGGUGUGCAUAUAUCAAGGAUACAGUCUUUAACUUUAGAUAAUGUAGGAACUGCCCAAUUAUUAUUAGCACGGCAUAUGACUAAUCAAGCAUUUAACGAAGUUAUGGAAGCUACAUUACAUCAUAAUCUUAAACCAACGCCUACAUCUUCAAUGGAAGAACGAUACGAAUUUAUAAGAGCCAAAUACGUUGAUAAAAGAUACGUGAUGAAUACCUGCGCGGAUGAACGAGAUCUCUUAUCGGAUUUAGAACAUGCAGUUAACAAUCGUGACUUACAACAACUUUUACAAGUUUAUGCUGAGAACGUUGACCUAGCGGCACCUUUGCCUACCUCGGAUAUCCGUGAGACAGCUUUACAUUUGGCAAUCUUACGCGAGAUGGGCAGUAGUUUACAAAUAGUAGAUUUUCUAAUACAAAAUAUGCCAACUGGUGGUAUUGAUAGGAUAACGGUUGAUGGCGAGACGGCGUUACAUCUUUCAGCGAGACAUGACAGAUCGGAAGCUAUGAAAUUACUUUUAAGAGCUGGCGCCGAUCCAAGUUACAGAAAUAAACAAGAUAAAACUCCUUUGGAUAUUGCGCAAGAAAUGGGACAUCAUACUUGUAAAGAAUUACUUAGUCAUGCUUUACAAAGACAAAAGACAUUAUUUGAUAAUGUUAACAUCGAUUGGAACCUUUCUCAUGACGAAGGAUCAACAGAUUUCUCUGAUGAUGAAACAAUCAUCGAAGAUAGGAACGGCUGUUUAACGCCUGAGAAGAAAUCACGUAGCAGGCCACCUUCUUAUGCUGGUGGUGGAGGUACAGGUUCUGGUGAUUCACCGGUGACAUUACGUAGUCGUAGCAGUACUUGUGACAGUCUACAAAGUGGUUCAUCACCGAGUUCUUCUACAAACAGACAACAAAUGCCACCACCACCACCACCACAAACGAGAAAACCUGUUGCUGUACCCACGCCGAUGACACCAGAUAUUUCAAUAAAUAUCCAUGGAUCAUUGAAGAAACGUGUCGCACCGCCUCCCCCACCGUCAGGAAGCUCAAGUGGCAUUCCAUCUCCUCAUUAUGGUACACUACCUUCGUCAGCGUCAUUAGCAACAUCCACACAUAGCCGGACGACGAGUGAGCCAAUCUUAGCUGGACACACCUUACACACACUAUCGCAUACUCUAAACACACUAAACAAUCAACACCAUAAAAGAUCACCCAGUGGAGACUCUUCUACAGGGCAUGGAAUGGACAAAACCAAUAGUUCAACAUUACAAAGACCACGUAAUCCACCACCACCUGCACCGUCCAGCGUUAGCACUUCCAGAUUGAGUAAUGGUCGUAGUAGCGAGUCUCUAAGUUCAAUGUGUUCGGAUCAUGGCCUUGGCAAUCCAGUUCCUCCACCACGAAAGCGAAGGGACCGAUCCAGGCUAGAGAGCUACGCCGAGGAGCCUUCAUCUUUGCUCUCAAAUCUAAAUCUGCCAACGUCAUCGACCUUGAACGGUUUUCGACGGUGUCGAGCACUAUACGAUUGUGAGGCUGAUAACGAGGACGAAUUAUCAUUCCGUGAGGGUGAGGUUAUAAUAGUAACUAACGAACAAACCGACGAUGACAAUUGGAUGGAAGGUGCAUUGGAAAGGGCACCUGAAAGGAGAGGAAUGUUCCCGAUAAGCUUCGUUCACAUGCUGCAAGAUUAACAUUCGGUAAGCCUAAACUCGUUGGCAAGUGUCUCGAGUACGGCAAGUUCAGUAAGCAUCGCAAGUCUUGGAAGAAGAAAUUGGCUGAGAAAACAAAAGGAUUGAAGAUGAGACAUUUCAAGAAUUUCGAACGAUUUCGAAACAAAA